AUGUAUUCUUGGACGAGUCGUUUGAGUAGUGUGCUCACGGACGCCAUUUCGAUAUUGGGGUUGAUGGCUAUUUGUUUUGGGGUCUCUUCGUAUUUCUUGGCUGCUCGGCCGCAAGAUGUAAACGUUCGGGUUGAGGUUACAAAUAUGUUUAAAUUCAACAAGUUGGAUUUCAGGCCAUACUACAAUCCUGAUAGGGCCUCAUUUGAAUUUAAGCUUGAUGCUGAUCUCACUCCAAUUUUUAAUUGGAACGUUAAAGUUUUGUUUUGCAUGCUUUACGCUGAAUAUUCAACACCGUCUCAUGAGUUGAAUCAAGUCAUGCUAUGGGACAAAAUCAUUGAAAGAAGUGAUGUCCUCGAAGGAAAAGCAGACACACACUUGAUUUAUGAUCGUUUGAAAGGAAAAUAUUCCUUAAUAGACUAUGGCAAUGAGCUUCGAGACAGUAAUGUCACACUGAAAUUUCGAUGGAAUGUCACUCCAUACGUAGGCUUGUCAUACGAUCAAGAAGUGAUUGUUGGAGAAUUUAAAUUACCAAAGCAAUACAAAAAAUAUCAUCGAUCAGACUAUGACAAGAUUGUUUAUGAUGAGACCUUUGAUCCUAGAAUGAACUAUGGAGCUCUCGAAAAUUAA